AUGGCGGGAGUAAGACCACUGAUGGCUCCUAUCAACGAGACAGAACAUUCAUGCACCCGGGUGAGUCGGGAAGGGAAGAGAAUCACGUACAACUUGAAAGUCAUCCAACAACCCGAGAGAGCUCGUGCUUGCGGCGCUGGAGCAAAGUCAUCCGCUGACCGUCGUCCUGUCGACCCUCCACCCGUGGUUGAACUACGGGUCUUUGAAUCCGAGCUCGACAAUGAUAUGAACAAAACCGACAUUACAUUCGCCUACAAUGCCAACUUCUUCCUAUUCGCUACGCUGGAAAACGCUCGCCCAAUCGCCCAAGUUCGCAACAGCGGAACACCACCUAUCUGUCCCGUGUUGACUGGCGUGCCCGUAGCAGGAAUUGCAUACUUGGACCGUCCUGCCCAAGCUGGUUAUUUCAUCUUCCCCGACUUGUCCGUUCGUCACGAAGGCUUCUACAGGCUGAAUUUCAACUUGUACGAAGAGGUCAAGGAUCCCAAGGACAUCGACAAAGAUGCUGGCUUGCCCGUCCAACCUAUGGUCGCCUCAAACAAGCCCGGAGCACCCAAGGCGUUCUUGAAUUUCAGGCUAGAGGUCAAAUCGACUCCAUUCCAGGUGUACAGUGCCAAGAAGUUCCCAGGACUGGCUACCAGUACUUCGCUCAGCCGUGUUGUCGCCGAACAAGGCUGCCGUGUACGUAUCCGUCGUGACGUGCGCAUGAGACGUCGAGGUGAAAAGAGCGGCAAGGAUUAUGGCGACUACGAGGAGGACCGAUACGGUCGCUCACCUCGCUACACUACGCCUACACCGGUUGAGCGUCCGCGGUCGGCUAGCAACAGUACGGUUGAAGCGCCAUAUCCUUACCCGGGUCAGACUCCUCGUCGGGAUUCUACUCACGAAUACCCUGGGUAUCAAGCGCACCAUUCGAGAGCACCGCCCCCACCUGCACCUUCGACUCCAUACCAACACCCUCAUGCACUCCAACACGCACCUCCUCCACCACCUCCUCCACCACCUCCGCCAGCACCCGCCUCGACAUCGGCAGCACCUGGAUAUUUGUCGUUUGGAUCUGCAUCGGCAACUUACCAAACUCCUCAGUUGCCGGCUGCGCCGCCUCCACCACCAUCUCAUUCCAUCUACCCAUCUGGUCCUUCGACGCCGACAUCAGCAUAUACCACACAACCACAAUUGCCACACUCGCGUCAGCCAUCAAAUGCAUCCGACCAUGAACCCGCACCACAAUCUUAUCCCACACGUUCUCACCAUCUCCCAUCGAUUCUAAACCCGGCGCCUGUCGACCCACCAGCAUACGGCGGUCCGUCACCGUCAGAGGUCUACCCACCAGCAACAUCGACUGCAUCUGUACCACCACGCCCACACACUCCUCUCUCGUCAAUCAUGUUGCCACCAAUCAGUUCCUUGGGCCAAUUCGCAGGUUCGGCCCCAGCAUCCGACAUCUCACAGCAAAGGAGACCGUCAUACUAUCCGAUUGAGACCUCCCUCUCCAAGCGAACCCACGAAGACUCGUUUGGUAACUACGAAACUCAUACUCACAAGAGUAUUCGUUCAGAGAACGAUUACGCCGGAGCCGGUCAUCAGCCCACUGGUCCUGUGUCAGGCAAGAUCCACACAUUCAUCGAACCAGACACAUCGGAUUGGGAACGACCACAAAUGGAGUACAGGCGAGCAGACGGUAGAAUGUCGAGCAAAGCACAGCUGGCUGUUUAA